GGCGGUGGCGCCUGAGGGAGCGCGGCCGCCAUUUUGUGCUGCUCGCUCGGUCCGGGCGGGCGCUGCGGCUCUGAGGGAGCGCUCGGCUCGCCUGCUCUGUAGCUCGGGGCCGCCGCCGCUGCAGCCAUGGGCCGUAAGAAGAAGAAGCAGCUGAAGCCUUGGUGCUGGUAUUGUAAUAGGGAUUUUGAUGAUGAAAAAAUCCUUAUACAGCAUCAAAAAGCAAAGCACUUUAAAUGCCAUAUAUGUCAUAAGAAACUGUAUACAGGACCUGGUUUAGCUAUACAUUGCAUGCAGGUACAUAAGGAAACAAUAGAUGCUGUUCCAAAUGCUAUUCCGGGAAGAACAGACAUUGAACUGGAAAUCUAUGGGAUGGAGGGCAUUCCAGAGAAAGACAUGGAGGAACGGAGGAGGUUACUUGAACAAAAAACUCAGGAGAGCCAGAAAAAGAAACAACAGGAUGAUUCUGAUGAGUAUGAAGAUGAUGAAUCUGCGGCUUCAACUUCAUUUCAACCCCAGCAGGUUCAGCCACAGCAGGGGUACAUUCCCCCCAUGGCACAGCCAGGUCUGCCUCCUGUGCCAGGUGCUCCAGGGAUGCCUCCAGGUAUUCCACCAUUAAUGGCAGGUGUUCCACCUAUGAUGCCUGGAAUGCCUCCAGUUAUGCCUGGAAUGCCACCUGGGAUGAUGCCAAUGGGUGGAAUGAUGCCUCCUGGGCCAGGAAUACCACCUCUUAUGCCUGGUAUGCCACCAGGUAGGUCAGGGUUGUCGAACUCGUACUAUGGAAUGCCUCCCCCCGUGGGGCCCCGGCCUGGCAUGCCCCCCAUGACCCAAGCACAGCCUGUCACAGCCCCGGGCAUCCUUAACCGGCCUCCAGCUCCUGCUGCAACCGCCCCCACCCCGCAGCCUCCAGUUACCAAACCACUCUUCCCAAGUGCGGGGCAGAUGGGGACACCUGUCACAAGCUCAAGUGCAGCUUCCUCCAAUUCAGAAAGUCUGUCAGCAUCUUCUAACGCUCUGUUUCCUAGCACAGCACAAGCUGCAGCAGCUGUGCCAGGGCCAGUUGGUACUGAUUUCAAACCUUUGAAUUCUACACCUGCAACAACAACGGAGCCCCCCAAACCUACAUUCCCUGCUUACACACAGUCCACAGCCUCAACCACUAGCACCACCAACAGCACUGCAGCUAAACCAGCCACAUCUAUAACAAGUAAGCCUGCUACCCUCACCACAACCAGUGCAACCAGUAAGUUGAUCCAUCCAGAUGAGGAUAUAUCACUGGAAGAGAGAAGGGCUCAGCUGCCCAAGUACCAGCGCAAUCUUCCUCGGCCGGGCCAGGCUGCCCUGGGUAAUCCACCAGUUGGACCAAUUGGAGGUAUGAUGCCACCACAGCCAGGAAUUCCUCCACAGCAACAAGGAAUGAGACCUCCCAUGCCACCUCAUGGUCAGUAUGGUGCUCAUCACCAGGGCAUGCCAGGAUACCUUCCUGGGGCCAUGCCUCCAUACGGGCAGGGACCUCCGAUGGUGCCCCCGUACCAGAGUGGACCUCCUCGACCUCCCAUGGGAAUGAGACCCCCCGUAAUGUCGCAAGGCGGCCGCUACUGACGCUCCUACUCACGCUCUAAUAGGUUUGGAGAUUAAACCUUUUCUCAUCUUGUGCUGUUAAUAUAGCAGAGCUUCCGUCAAUUAAGGCUUCAUUGUGACUUUAAAAAAUAUAAGUACCUUCCCACAUGCAAGGAGCUAUUGGACAUUCUUAUUUUACAUGGGAAAAAAAAUUAUUUGGAAUAAUAACAGGAACUUUUCCUGAUGUUGCAAUUUAUACUGUAUGGCUUCUUUUUCAUGUUUCAUCUAGGUUUUUAGAAGUGAAGUAUAGUAAAUAUGGUUCGUUAAAUUGUGAAGGCGCUGGAAUUACAUGAACAUACCACCUUAAAGGCAAGUUCUGUGAUGUUACGUUGCUCUUUGUGAAAUGAUGCCUUCACAGCACUUCAAGUGCUGUUGGACUUCACGUCCCCAACAUAGUUUGGUGAGGGCUGUAACUGUUCCCAACUACUUGUACAUUAAAGUCUGAACUUGUAACAAUAUUUAAUGUAUUUAGAGUUCCUCCUGUUUCAGGGUUUAAGUAAACUGACCCACUAAGGUCAUGUGACUUUUCUGUACUGUUAUAAACUUCAUUGUAAUAAAAGAGGAGAAAAAUUUAUAUGCCUUUUUAUUCGUGACCAGCUGUGGACAACUGCCUGAAAGGUUUGUACAGAUGCAUGCUGUGGUAGCCAUUGGUGUAAUGAGCACAGUUACUGGUGCUGUUUUGAUAAAAUCGGAAUUCCUUGUUCUAUCAAAAGUCACUCCUUAGCUGUACAUCUGAGUAGACAAAGACCUGUACACUUAUUAACGGACUCCUCAAAACUGAGGCUGCAGGAGGCACAUCCUAACUCUUGGUUGGAACUUCUCUUAAUACAUAUGUUUCUUUAUUUGUGCUUUCUUGUCCUCAAUAAAUUUGAAUUGAUUUCUA